GCGGGGUGGGGCCUGGGGCGCCGUGCGCCGGAGCCUGUGGCGUCAAUGCGGCCGCCGUGUCCAUGGAGAGAGGGUGAAGUGGCCGAUCUUCGGCCCGAGUCACCGGGGCUCCGGGACCGCGAGGAUGUCGGCUUCUUUAGUCCGAGCCACUGUCCGGGCUGUGAGCAAGAGGAAGCUGCAGCCCACCCGGGCCGCCCUCACCCUGACACCUUCAGCAGUAAACAAGAUAAAACAGCUUCUUAAAGAUAAGCCCGAACAUGUAGGUCUGAAAGUUGGUGUCCGAACCAGGGGUUGUAAUGGCCUUUCUUAUACUCUAGAAUAUACAAAGACAAAAGGAGAUUCUGAUGAAGAAGUUGUUCAAGAUGGAGUCAGAGUGUUCAUCGAAAAGAAAGCACAGCUAACACUUUUAGGAACAGAAAUGGACUAUGUUGAAGAUAAAUUAUCCAGUGAGUUUGUUUUCAAUAACCCAAACAUCAAAGGAACGUGUGGCUGUGGAGAAAGCUUUAAUAUUUGACUACUCUGGCUGUAAGCUCCAGGAACACUCAUGGAAGUCCUAGGGCUUACUGAAGAAAUCAUGUGACUGUCACGUGCUUAAAGUUUAUAAUGUAUGACUGCCUUAUGAGGAAAAUAAAAUGAUGCAUUUUGAAAGUGAAGCCAGUGUGUUAGAUUCCAGAAGAAGCGAUACUUGUAUUCUUUUUAGAGGCAGGAAACGAGAAGCCAUUCCUCUCUUUGGGUCAUUUUCCUGAUUUUUAAAGAAAAAAAAUCCUACCCUGCACUUAAUUGUCUUGCAUCCUUUCCAUUAGAACCAGCUUCAUGAACGCUGUCUACCUGGGAGGAUUUCAGGAAAUGUAUUUUUAAUAUGUGUGCACGCCAUAGCUCGCUGUUGAGAGUGGCGUGAAUGUGCAUUUCCCGACCAUAUUGAUGGCUCGUAAAAUUCAGAGGCGGAAGAUCCUGAGAGCGGGCGUGACGUGGAACUGCACUGGUUUUCUCCCCAAACUUGACGGCAUUUCUACAGUUGUGUCCAGAAUGUCUUUGUCAGAUGCCUCAUUUGCUUUACCCUUUAGCAGCACCAGCCAGUAGAUGAAAGUAUCGAACAGAGAUUUCCUUGAACUGCAGUGCAGAACAGUUCUGAGCGAUGGCAUCAAAAGGUAAGAAAUACUUCACCCACUGUUUUUAAUCCAUUUCUUUUGCCACCCAAAACGUCCCCUCAAAGGUGGAAUCUCAAGCUGGUGUCUUAAAAGCCAUCCAGCAUACCCCCUCGAUUCCAUACCUGAGGAAGCAACCCCCAGUUCGUCCACCCUCACUCUGUGGGCUGUGUAGCCGCAGAGCUGGGACAACUCUCUCCUCCCGCCCGUGUAGGGACAUUAGCACUGCAGUCAGUGAAGAUCAGCGUGUGGUCUGGCUUCUUUAUCUGAUUGGCAUUUUGAUAAGAUUUCUUUGUAAUUUGAUGAAGCUCAUACUUAGUUUAUUUUAUUUUGAGUGAGAAGAAUCUUAUUUUAAAACCCCUUAUGUCAGUUACCAUCUUGUUUCUUUAGAACUUUCAAACAGUGGUUUAUGCUAGCAGAAAAGACAUUUGUAGCAACCCCGAAAUAUCCUUUCGAAUAUAGUUGUCAGUUUGAAGCAGCACAUGAGGGUCUUUUCUUAAAAUUCCCAAUACGUGUACAUUUCCUGUAUCUCAAGUUCAAUGACUGAAAUUCUUAACAUUUCAUCACCAACUUUCCUUUGAUAGCAUUCUUUUUGGCAUUUAGUUACUGGUUUUCCUGGGUUUGACAUACUAAGUGUUCUAUGAGAAGACACAUACGCUUUUUUUUGAAAGCUGACUUUGUAUUGAAGUAGCCGUCCUAUUUAUGUCCCUCGUGUUUACUGAAGUAGCUGGCACAGAGUACACCACCGCCCAGAGCAGUAACUGUAUGUACGUGCUCCUGAGUCCAUAUUGUUAAUGAUUGUCAGCCCACUUAUUAUCUGUGCAAUACUGUAUGUAUGUAGAGAUUGAAUUGUCAAUAAAAAAAGGACAUGGCCUCUUUGUGAUCAUAAAA